GCAUUGUGCCACUCUGUCAAACUCAGACGGCGAAUGUCAGUAAGCUAAAUACACAUAAAUGAAGACAUAUUUGUGAUUUUUAAUAAAUUGCUUAUUAAAAAUAUUUGUUUACUAUGUAAUAAACAAUGUCUACGCUUAAUAUUGACGAAACAGUCCUUAAAUAUGAGAACUUUAUCAACGAUGUUCUAAGAGAGGACUUGCGGAUACUUCAUUUAAAGUUACAGCAAAUAAAUGCCGAGAUAUCUGAUCUUAUACAGCAGAAACAUUCAUUGAAAGUCAUUACGGAUAAAAAAAUUCAUCCCGAUGGUUUCAAAACACAGGUAAACUUAGGAUGUAAUUUCUUUAUGGAGGCAUCAGUAACAGAUACUUCUCAUCUUUUGAUGAAUAUAGGAUUAAAUCACUUCCUAGAGUUCAGUUUAGAAGAGGCAAAUAAAUAUCUCGAUGCAAGAAUAAAAGUAUUUGAACAAAAGGCUGAAGAACUUAUUUGCAAAGCUGCAGAAACUAAAGCCCAUAUUAAAUUAAUGUUAUUCGGAAUAAAUGAACUACAAGAAAAAAAGGAAGGAAAGGGUUAAGGUUUUAGUACAUUAAAUAUAUAGAUUUUAUAC